GACGAAGAAACUCGCUAUGUCCCGCGCACUCGGCGCCGCAUUCCUCAACCACCAGGUGCAGCAGCUCGAGAAGACCGUCACUGAUGCAGGACAAGGAGGCAACUGGCGCGAUCGCCGCACCCAGACUGGAGGGGACAACUCCGACGGCAAGCGUUCCCGCGCGCCCGCACAGGCCAAGCCGAUUGAGAGGCGGGACGGCGACGCCACAUUUACCGACGGAGACAAGGCUAGGCAGGGCAGAGAUCGCAGGGAACAGAAGGACGCCGACAUCGUCGUCGUCGAUGCGAGUGUACUCAUUCAUGCACUCGGGCAGGUGAAGAAGUGGUGCCGAGAUGGGCGAGAGGAGAUCAUUAUCGUCCCCCUUGAAGCUCUGAACACUCUCGAUCUGCUCAAGAAGGGCAUGAGCUCACUUGCCCAGCGCGCGCGCGCUGCUUCUCGCAUCCUAGAGGCACAGGUCGGCACGAACCCGCGCAUCCGCCUGCAACGCGACGAUGCGUUUGUGCUUUGGGAAAACAUCUUCGAGCAGCAGCCGCCCACGGGCGCCCCCGAGUGGGUGCGACGCACUAUCUGUUGUGCGCGCUGGGAGAUCGAACACGCGGCCGAGGAGAAGCCCCUACGCAACCCCCAGGACACAACCCCGCCCCACGUCAUCCUCGCAGUGCUUUCGCAGUCGACUGAGGCACAGUCUGAGGCGGUGUUCCCCCCGCUCGCACACGUAUCAGCAUCGCCGGUGCCGCUCCCCGCGCCGCAGAUGAACCGCCAUGAGCCGCGCUCAUCCGGCGCGCUCGUCGCGCAGUGGGCGGCGAAGGCGCGCAUUGAGGUGCUCGAGGUGGUACCCGCGCCUCUCGGCGCGCACCCGGAGGAGCGCGGUAAACGCGGUACGCGCAGGAACUCGCGCGGGGCCGGGCCUGCUGGUGCGCGCCCGAUCCCGGGCGGGGGUCUCGUCGAGCGGCCGCCUGCGGUGAUGGCGAUGAUGGAGAUGGUCGCCCAGCCGAGCCGCGUCGUACGUGUUCUCGCGCGUGGCGAGAAGCUCGAGCCGGACACAUGAGUAAGCCGCAUUGCUUGACAUCACACCCGCUGCGCAAGAUCGCAGAACUUGGAACGGCUUCGGACCCGCCCAGAACCUAGAGGCUUUGCUUCGCCUGUGUGCAGGCAAACGGAUCGCACCCCAGACGUCUAUCAGUUUCCGAUGGGCGUUCUUCCAGCCCCACAGCUGCUCGCUCUCGUCUCAUCCUGAUCCACAUGGCGCAGAUUCUCUUGCUAUCAGCAGCGUCCCAGCGAUCAACACCGGUAUGGCGUAUGGAUUAUCGACUAUGGCUGCACAGAGUAUCUGAUUUCAUCUUGAACUAUGUGACUGAAGGAUCCGGAUUGGAUAGCCUCGGCUCGGCGGAACCCCUCCCUACACAUGCGAACACUUCCUUUACUUCCUUACCUGUGUACAUAUGACCUCUUCUUGCGUGUAUGGCCCUCCCAAACAUGA